AUGGCUGCCGAGGCAGUUCCUGGCUCCGGGCUGCGCUGGUUGGCGUACAUGCGGCACAGCGACCGGCUGGACUGCGAAACUUGUGAAAUUUCGGGAGCUUGGCCGGACGCCGGCCAACGACCCUACGACACGCCCAUCAGCAACGAGGAGCUGCCCCUUGAAUCCGCUCAAGUUCUGAAGGAGAGUCUGCCAGAGGGGGUGGCGGUUUGUGCUGUGGUCAGCUCGCCCUUCCGCCGGUGUCUGCAGACGGCGGCGCUGGCAGGAAGGCAACUGGGCCUCAAGAUGCUGCACGUGGAUAACCGGCUCGGGGAGCUCAUGGCGGCCGUGGCACGGGACUGUGGCCCGGUGAAGCUGGAGGCGUUGGGCUUUCGGUACAUAUCCUUCGAAGAGGCUGCUAACAUUGCCGAAGAGGCCGGCCUACAGUUGCACUGGGACCCCGCUGCUGAUGUGCCUGCCACUGAUGAGAGUGCGGCCGACAUCCUGCGGCGAGUCGAUGCAGGGGCUGCCAUUGCGAGGAGUGCUUUGGGCAAGGAGGAGUUCAGCCCCACAGAGUGUGUGCUGCUCGUGACGCAUGCAGACUUGCUGAUGCAGCGCCUUUCCAAGCUCAUGCCAGGCAGCAUCUGGGCACCCGAAACAUGUGCCUGGUUCCUGGAGUGCCUACAUGAUGACAGCGUGCCCAGCAUGCACCGCUUGGAGACGCCCAAAAGGAUGAACCUGGGCUACUUGAACGCGCUCCGCACGAACGUGGAAGCCGAUGUGUCGUCGAAUCCUGACAAGCCAUGGGCAAACAAGACUGUGAUCAUCCAGUACUGCAAGGUGAACGGACUACUCUCUUUGAACGAGGCGGCGGCGUCCUACUACUCGCCAUACAAGCUGAAGCAAAACAUGAGGGACAGGCUUCACAUGUCAACGAGCUGUUCCUUCGGCAUGAUGGCGAACCUAUCCAGGCUUGAGCUUACCGAUAGCCCCAGCAGCAGAGAGGAUGGAGGCAAGCAAGAAGAUGCCGAUGCUAUCCGCACUGAGGUGGAGAAGGUUCGUAGCAAGUUUAUCUUGAUCCAGCUGAUCACUACUGACUGGUGCCCUGCAAGCUGGCGGGAGGCGAUGGAACAAGACGCCACAUGCUCUGCUCCGCGCUUUCCCAGCUGGGCGGCCAAUGACUUUGUCCAUGAAAUGGGGAUUGGAGAGGAAAGCUGGAGCGAGCGGGCAGAGUACCUCAGACGAACGCCCUGUCUGCUGCGCCUACUGAACGGUUCCAUGGAGAACGUCGUGCUCUUCAUGAACCUCGCAAACGAUCCCACCAUCGAACGCAUUGUCACGCCCCGCUUGGCUCUGACGACUGCAGAGUACUUCGCGUACACGCGCGAGCAGCACGUUUUCGUCAUCCUCACAGACAUGAGCUCCUAUGCCGAUGCCCUUCGAGAGGUGUCGGCCGCGCGCGAGGAGGUGCCGGGACGCCGCGGCUAUCCUGGCUACAUGUACACAGACUUGUCCACGAUCUACGAGCGAGCCGGUCGCGUCGAGGGCCGCAACGGCUCCAUUACGCAGUUUCCCAUUUUGACCAUGCCCAACGAUGAUAUUACGCACCCGAUUCCUGACCUCACCGGCUACAUCACGGAGGGUCAGGUGUUCGUGGACCGAUCCCUGCACAACAGGCAGAUCUAUCCCCCCAUCAACGUGCUGCCUUCCCUCAGCCGAUUGAUGAAGUCCGGAAUCGGAAAGGGCAUGACGCGCGACGACCACCCCAACGUGUCCGACCAGCUUUACGCCAACUACGCCAUCGGCCAGGAUACCAGGGCCAUGAAGGCGGUGGUCGGCGAGGAGGCCCUCAGCGAGGACGAGCACAAGUACUUAGAGUUCACUGACAAGUUCGAGCUCAAGUUCUUGCGGGUGCCUCAGUUGGAGGUCGUUUGUCCGGAGGUUUUGGCCUUUCUGCGCGAAUUGCCGGCCUUGCCUGGCAUGUGCAUGUUUGCCAACCGCCUCCAGGCUUUGGCAGAGGCACUGGACCAGGUGACGCCCUCGCUGCCGGCGCCCGCGGCCGUGCCAGAAAGUGACGAGACGGAGGCCGACGGAGUGGAGGACCCUCUCAACAGAAGGCGGCCGCAAGGACCCAGAGUCGCAGGACUCCGGCCCUCACUCGCCAAGGGGGGGAAAGCAGCGGUCUCUACACUACAGUUGCGGCUGCGGGCAGAGAAUGCCUCGCUGAAUGAGCUGAAUGAGCUGGCUGCGGCGGCGGAUGACACAGAGAGUGAGGAGGAGCUUCUCUUUGAUUUCGAUUCCGUUUGCUCGCGUAAGCCCGCCGCUGCUGAAGCAACGAGGACCCUUGCUGAAGACUUGGAUGCGCGCAUGCGAGAGGCCAUUAUCCAGGAGGUCUAUUCCAUGAGCCCCUUGCAGUUGGUGCGCGCCGAGCUGACUCAUGUGGAGCUCAGCUCAUGGGCUUUGUCCUGGAUCGAUUGGGGGCCGAACAGCUGGCACUCAGCGUCCUACUGCGUGGAGACCUCAUCCAGGCCCUGGCGGGUCAUCGUGACGAAGAAGGGCAAAAUCAGCGGUGUCUUUCCUGUUGUGGAUCCAGAUAGUGCAGCAGGUGCGGCGCAUGGAAAGUCUCGCCGAGAGGAUGGCUCGGCUGCCCACGAUGCUGCCGUUCAUGUGGUGGCAUUCCUGGCUUCAGGGUGCCCGUCCCGGAAAGUCUCGGAGACGCGCCGUUGGCUGCAGGAGCUUUGUUGGGAGGCUUGUGCGUCACUUCGCACCCAUUGCGGCGUUCAGGAGCUGGUGCUGCCAGUAGAGAAGGACCUUGCCAUCGAUGCUGUGUGCCACAAGGGCCGCAUCCCGUCGCUGAACAGCCGGCGCCUAUGGGCGUUGAAACAGCACAAGAAGGUGUCAAGUCUGCUAGGCACCUGGAACACUUGUCCAGGUUCACUGCAGCGCCUGGGGGUUGUGCAGCAUGGCCCAGGGCAGGUCGCAGCAGUCAAUUGGGCACAGGCGGACGAGAGGUUUAUGCGCGAUAGGUUCGCAUCCACGUCACACAAGCCCCGAGAGUCGCGCUGGUCCACCUGGACCAAGUUAUGCAGAGUCCGGGGGAUUGACCCCGUGCCGGUCACUGAGGAAACGAUUUUCAAGAUUGGUGCCGCCCUCAAAGAAGGCCGUUAUCGGUCCGCAGCGCAGUACUUCAGCAUCGCCAAGUCGCAGCACCGUGAGCUUGGCUUUCCUUGGUCAGCAGACCUCGACCUUGCUGUGUCGCAAGCCGUUCGCAGCGUCACCAGGGGCAUGGGGCCGGCACGCCUCAAGCAUGACUUCGUCUUGGAGAACGCCCCGGCGGACUUUGGCGCCCAGCUUCACUUGGCUUACGACAUCCUUAAGGUUCCGCCCGAACAAAGGUUCGCCAGCCCCGAGGGCGUGGUCGUGUCAGCAUGCUGGUUUAUGCUCCGUGGAAUAGAGCUGGCCAACGUUCGCUGCGCAGAUGUUACUUUUCGCAGGGACGAACGCUCUGUUCGCAUCCGCCUUCCGGUCUCCAAAACCGACACAGAGGCCAAAGGCUGCGAAAGGUCGCACUCGUGCUUCUGUCGCCCGAGGCAUGCCCCAGGUUGUGCUAGUUCGCAGGAUGCAGCUACAAUGUUCACACCGCUCCAGAAGUGUCAGUGCCAAGCAGGCCGCCAACCUUUGUGCGUCUUCCAUGCGAUGCUGUCUCAGUCGAUUUCGUUGCGGAGACAAGGUUCGUGGCAGCCCGAGUCCCCUUUCUUCCCAAGCCCCGAUGCUUCGGUGCCGAGCAAGCGAAUGGUCGCACGGCUCGCCCAGGCAGCAGCACUCGUGCUCAUGCGUGCACAGUUCACUGACUGGCCAUUGGAGUCGGUUGUUGAUUGGGCUCAGCAUUCUUUUAGGGUCGCAGGCGCCCAGUUCUUCGCACGUGGAGGCGUCCAGUUGGGGCAGAUCCAACUCGUGGGUCGCUGGGGAUCCAUGUCUAUCCUUCGCUAUGUCCAGGACGCCAUGGUCCAGAUCCCGAGUGCUAGCUCUGAUCGUAUCGAGCAGUACUUGUCCGGUGGUUUGCCUGGAUCUUUUGCUAGUUCGCAGUUGCAGAAUUUGGUCCGCGACAUGGUUGCGCAGUGUGUUCAGGGCCAAGGCGCCUUGGUGCAUAACAUUAGGUCGAAGUUGGCUCAUAAGCCUGCGCUGGCAGAAUCCAGCGAUUUUCGCAGUGCACUGUUUGUUUCCCCGAGUCAGCCACAUUGGCAUCAGCAGCAUCUGCAGCUCGAGAAGAAGGAGAGUCAGGCACGGACAGCAGCUCUUCUUGAAAGCCUCAUGGCGACCGCGAUGCCCGACCUUCAGGCGCAGGCGCUGGCGGCGGGCCUUGACAAGAAUGUGCUGGCUCACCUGGUCGCUUCGGGCAUAGUGACGUCGGGCGCCUUCUUUCAUGCCUUCUCAGAAAGGUCGCGCGUUCCCAAGUUUUUGGAGGUCUUCGCCGCCGGGGUCGAGAUCAAUGGGGCUACAGCCAAGCUGGACGAUACUGGGCUCAUGGUCGCAGAGUCGGUCAUGAACCACCUUAUCGACGAGUUCACGGUGGCACGGCAAGCGCUUUUGGCGCCCGCGAAUACAGGCCUUGCAGCCCCCGCUGCCUCCUCAGCGUCCGACACAUCGAAGGUUCCGAAGCACUUGCCAGCUGACUACUGGUCGCAGUUCAUCAAGGACUACCAGAAGGACAUGAUUGGGGGCCAAGUUCGCCAAUUUCCAAAACACCUCUUGGUAGGAGCCGAGGAAACGCUAGCUAGGCUCGUUCACGAAAAAAACACCUCUACCCACAAGCCCUUGAAACUGGGGGAGAUCCCUAGCCAACGCCAGUUCACGGCGAGUGGCGCAGUGAACCCCUACCGCAUGAAGGACGACCCAUCUGCAAAGAUGGUAGUUCGCGAGGACGGGCAGUGGGAGAAGAUCACGACCAAGUUUCCAGAGCCGCAAAGAAUGACUACAUUCCUGGACGCGAUCGAGGCGGCCAAGUACGCGUUGUUGUUCGCAAGGUGGGGCCCGGAGCUGGCGCUGGAAGAGUGGUUCACAUGGUGGAGCAACCUUGUUCGCGACCACCCAGGCAAGUUUCCGCACCUUCGCCAGUUGUGGGUUAAAUGCCACUGGGAGUUGUGCAUGAAACUCCGUGAGGGUCUCGCUUUCGGGGUUGCUGCAAAACAGGUUCGUGCCGAAACCAACGUCCAAGAGGCAUUGUCACGAUUUCUUCCCCCGGACAACCCUAAAGGCAAAGGGAAAGAGAAGGGCAAAGAAGUCGCGCAUCGCCUGUGGUCGCCGUACCCGCCUCAGUCCAAAGGCAAAGGAAAGUUUGCAAACCAGUGGAGCGCCGCCGCGGGGCAACCGCAGCAAACACAGGCUCAGUCGUUUCCCAAUGUCCAGUGCAGGUUGUUCGCCCAAGGAUAUUGCAAGUUCGGCGCGCAGUGCAAGUUCGCGCACGGACAGCAGAGCCCGCCAGCCUUGGGGCCACACACACCCGCUGUGCCGGUGCCUCCCAACCCCCCGCAGAGGGGCUAG